AUGUUUGAGAAAUUCGAUAUCAUAGUCGUAGGAGCAGGGUUGUCGGGUCUAGCUGCUGCCAUUCAGUGUGCACUGUCUGGCCACAACAUCACGAUCCUAGAAAGUGCCAAAGAACUUGCCGAAAUCGGUGCCGGCCUCCAAUUAACUCCCAACUCCACCCGCAUCCUCCAAAAAUGGAACGUGUAUCCCAAGAUUCGCGGACCCUGUGAACCCACAACUUGCACGGUAUAUUCCUACAAAGGCGAGACCCUCGCUCACGAAGACUCUUUCAACACAAACACCCGUCAGAAGUACGGUGCCCCAUUUGCCGACGUGCACCGCGUGGACCUCCAACAGGCGCUUGUAGCUCGAGCCCGCGAACUAGGCGUCACCGUAGUCCUCGACGCACGCGUGACUUCAAUCGACUUCGGCACCAAAGAAGGCGACAAAGCAAAAGUCGUCACGGAAUCCAAGACCUUCGAGGGUGAUCUCGUCGUCGGCGCAGACGGCCUGUGGUCAACAUGUCGUUCAGCACUCCUGGGCACCGAGGACAAGCCCCUUCCGACGGGCGACCUGGCCUUCCGCAUUGUUCUUCGAAUCCAUCAGCUCUGGGAUGAAGAUCUGCGUAAGAUGGUCCAAAAUCCCGGUGUUAGGUUCUGGAUCGGACCGGACGCGCACGUCGUUGCGUACAGCGUCCGCGGCGGCUCGAUGUACAACGUCGUGCUGCUCGUCCCCGACGACCUCCCCGAAAGCGUAGCACGCACCGAAGGCAGCCUCGAAGAAAUGAAGAAGCUAUUCGAAGGCUGGGACCCAGUCCUAACCCGCCUCCUCUCGCACGUCAAACACGUCGACAAAUGGAAACUCAUGCACCGCUCCGCGCUCCCCACUUGGCUUCACCCGCACUCCAACCUCGUCCUCAUCGGCGACUCCUGCCACCCCAUGCUACCCUACCUCGCCCAAGGCGCCAACUCCUCCAUCGAAGACGGCGCCGCGCUAGGCCUCCUCCUCGCCCCCUCCAUCUGCCCCACGAAGCCCCAGCUCCCGUCCACGCUCGCGCUCUUCCAGCGCUUGCGGAAAGCGCGUGGCGAGGCCAUCGCGAACGAGACGUUUAAGCAGCGUAGGGACUUCCAUCUGCCGGAUGGAGAGGAGCAGAGGAGGAGGGACGAGGUGUUUAAGAGGUGGAUGGGGGAGGGCGAGGUAAAGGGCGAGUUUCCGAGUAGAUGGACUUGUCCGGUUGUGCAGCCUUGGCUUUGGGGGUAUGAUGUUGAGGCUGAAGUGGAGGGGGCGGUCGCGGAGAUGGCGGUUAUGUGA